CCCGAAUCCUCGGACUUGGGGAUCUCGGAUUGGGCGGUAUGGGUAUUCCCCUCGGCAAACUCUCCCUCUAUACCGCAUGUGCGGGUAUCGACCCCCAAUUUACCAUCGGUAUCCAAAUCGACCUCGGUACUAAUAAUGAGGAGUUGCUGAAUAACCCCCUCUACCUUGGUCUCCGCCAAGAACGUCCAGCAAAGGAAGUCGCGACUGCGUUCAUGGACGAAGUUAUGCAAGCACUCCAUGCACGAUUCCCUGCUAUGGUUAUCCAAUUCGAGGACUUCAUCGCUGACCGCGCCUUCGAAUACCUGGACCGGUACCGUGACCAGUACGCUUCCUUCAACGACGAUAUCCAGGGAACUGGGGCCGUUGUUGUUGCGGGUGUCAAGCGCGCCGCCGAGAUUUCGGGCGUGAAGCCUCAGGACCAGCGUAUCGUCUUCUUCGGUGCCGGAUCCGCAGGUGUCGGUGUCGCGAAGAUGAUCGCGCAAUGGAUCCAGUUCGACGGUGGCUUGACUGAGGAAGAAGCCCGUCGUCGCGUCUGGCUCGUGGACUCGAAGGGUCUCGUGGCGCAUGACCGUGGUGACAACCUCGCUGAACACAAGCUCUACUUUGCCCGCGACGACAACAACGGACAGAACCCCCGAACCUUGGAUGAAGUCUUGGAAUUUGUGAAACCCACAGCACUCCUCGGACUCUCGACCAUUGGUGGCGCGUUCACCCCCUCAAUUCUCAAACGCAUGGGCGAGCUCAACGAAAGACCCGUCGUAUUCCCCCUCUCCAACCCCUCUCACUGCUCCGAAUGUACCUACUCUGAAGCCCUGAACGCAACAGGUGGCCGCGUCGUCUUCGCCUCCGGUUCCCCAUUCGCCGCGCAAGACUACGACGGCACAAGACGCCAACCAGGACAAGGAAACAACAUGUAUGUCUUCCCCGGUAUCGGACUCGGCGCAAUCCUCUCCAAGGCCUCCCGGAUAACCGAAACCAUGAUCUAUGCCUCCGCCGAAUCCCUCGCGUCAUCCCUAAGCGAAGACGAACAGUCCAGAGGACUCGUUUAUCCCGAGCUGAGCAGGAUUAGGGAGAUUAGUGCGAUUGUUGCCGCGGGAGUUAUUAAGAAGGCGGUUGAGGAGGGCGUUUGUGAGAGUGAGGAGUGUAGGAAGUUGGCGGGAGAUGAGGAGGGACUGUUGGAGUUUGUUAGGGAGAGUAUGUGGGAUGCGUUUUCGGCUUAGGGGAGAGUAUGAUUAGAGAUACCCGUCAAAAACAUGAUACCCCGGUCUCGAGGGAGGCUGCCUGAUCUUAGCUACCUAUAAUCCAUGGUUGAACAUGAAC